AUGGAUUAUCUUGAUUUGCUGUGGAAAGAUACCGCUGAUUUCACUUGCACCAAAGCCUUCAAUCACUUCAAAUUUGAGCCGAAGUUCGGCGAGCAGCCUUGCGAGGCUCUGGUUCGCGAGAAUGAAUCGAGUGAUUACACAUACAAGCUACUCUGCACAUCGGAACAGAGAAAGCAGUGGUUGAGUGAUAUUCCAGGAAUCAAACAAGAACAUACAGGAUCAGUGUCGAUUCUUUUCUGCGCACGCCAGCAACCUCCACGUUCCAUCGCGAAACAAGACGGCGAAGCAGCACAUAACCGCCACGUUCUGGAACACCUCCCUUUCCCCGUAGAGACGUUUCAGGAUGUUGUAGUAAAGCUGUAUGUGCAUGAUGCCUUUGCCAAGCUGACUGCGAGACCCACCUCGACAUUCUGGAAGGCAGACAGUGCUGUUGGUGACAAGAAAUGUGUUGUGUACAUUCUAUGUGUGGAUUCAAUCCUUGUAAACCACACGGCGAUAUGCUUAACCUACUUCCCGGACACCAAGCAGCUAUUCGGCGUCUUCCUUGGAUGUGAGCCACAAGAUAUCCGGCACAUUAAGAGCCGGAUUGCGCGGGGCCAGCACCUCUUGUCAAAUCCAUUCCUCUUCUUGGCUAUAUUCAUCGAGCUGGAAAAGAAGCAUCGGUUUGAAGACGUGGACAAGCGAGUCGACGACCUUGAGAUCAAGAUGAAAGGUCUUGAUAAGCCGUCGCUCUUCAGCCCGAAGAGCCUUCUCAGCGAGCAGGAUCCGGGUAACCUAGUGAAGCUUUAUCUCAAGCUCAGCCGCCUGAAGGUCGAGCUGACGACAUGGAACGGCCAAUUGCAGAACAUGCAGUCCUGCACCGAGUUCUUCUCCAGUCUGAUAAAAGAUCAGGCAGCCAAGUCUGCGUUCAACCCUGGGGACUAUCUGAGCCGAACUAUGAACUCAUUCAACGAGAAGAUUCUCAGGUGUGAAACGGUGAUGGAAGGGACAUCGUUGGCGUUCCAGGCGGUGUGUGAUUCUUCUCCGAGCAACACCAACCUCAUGGACAGGAUGAAAGAUGCUGAUAUAGAAAUCCAACUGUAG